CCCCCCCCGCGGGCCAUGGCGGUGCUGCUGCUGUGCGUGCUGCUGCUGCUGUCGCUGCUGCUGUCGCUGCUGUCGCGACAGCGCUGGCGCGGCCCGCGCUGCGGCGCGCUGCACCUGCUGCACCCGCAGGGGGCGCUGCACCUGAGCCGCCUGGCGCGGCGGCACGGGCCCGUGCUGCGCAUGCGCCUGGGGGGCCGCGACGUGCUGGUGGCCAGCUCGGUGGCGACCAUCCGUGAGGCACUGGUCCGGCACUGGGGGGACUGGCUGGGGCGCCCCCCCAGUUAUCUGGGGUCGCUGGUGUCUCGGGGGGGCCGGGACCUGGCACUGGGAGCCCCCUGCCCUGGCUGGCGGCGGCAGCGGGGAGCGGUGCGGGGGGCACUGGCCCGGGCUGGGGGGCAGCUCGGGCCCCUCCUUUGGCUGCAAGGCCGGGAGUUGUGUGAGGAGCUGCGUUCCCAUGGCGAGGCCCCCCUGGACCCCUUUGAGGUGUUCACCUUCCACACCUGCAGCACCAUCGCACGCCUCCUCUUCGGGGACCUGGUGCCCCCCCCGGGGGAGCUCCGGGCCUUCUCCCGCUGCCUGGGGGAGCUGCUGCAGGUCUGGGGGCACGGCAGUGUGCAGGUGCUGGACCUGCUGCCCCUGCUGCGGGCCCUGCCCAACCCAGGAUUGCAGAAGCUGCUGCAGCUUGUCCAGCACCGGGAUGCGUUUGUGGAAGCCCAGAUCCAGCGGCACCAGGCCUGCUCCUCCCCUCCCCCGGGCACAGUUUUGGGGGCGCUGCUGGGGCACGAUUCCAGGGCACGGGGGGGCCCCCUGAGCCCCCCCCGGCUGCACAUGGCGCUGGUCGACCUGUUCAUUGGGGGCACCGAGACCACGGCAGCUGCUCUGGGCUGGGCUGUGGCCUUCCUGCUGCACCGCCCCGAGCUGCAGGCGCGGCUGCGGGCGGAGCUGCAGGGGGCACAGGGACCCCCCGGGCCGGGGGACACGGGGCGCCUGCCCCUCCUGCAGGCCACCGUCAGCGAGACCCUGCGGCUGCGACCCCCCGCGCCCCUGGCACUGCCACACUGCGCCCUGCGCCACAGCAGUCUUGGGGGGCUCCCCGUGGUGGCUGGCACUGUCCUGGUCCCCAACCUGCUGGCAGCCCAACAGGACCCUGACAUCUGGCAGCACCCCGAGGUCUUCCUGCCUGAGCGGUUCCUGGCCCCGGGCGCUCCCUCGCGGUCGCUGCUGCCGUUCGGCUGCGGGGCGCGGUCGUGCCCGGGAGAGGGGCUGGCGCGGGCCGAGCUCUUCGUGUUCCUGGGGCUGAUCCUGCGGGAAUUCCGUCUGGAGCCGGGCCCGGCGGGGCUGCCGGGGCUGAAGGGGUCGCCGGGCACGGUGCUGCGCUGUCCCCCCUUUCUCAUGCGUAUGGUGCCCUGCCAGCCGCCGGGCUCACCCUGACCCCGCCUGACCACUGUUACUUUUCUGAACACUCUGUGACUCGCCUGAGUUUUUUUGAGCCUUGCUGAAUACACCUGACUUCACCUGACCCUGUGUGACACUGCCUGAAGCUGGCUGACCGUGACCCCCUGACUGACCCCACCUGACCUCGGCCUCACCCCUGCCAGCCCUGUGCCUGACCUUGACCCCAGCUGUGACCCCAGCUGUGACCCCAGCUGUGACCCCACCUAACCCCUCUGACCCUGCUUGACCCCAUCCCAACUCACCUGCCCACACCUGACUCCCAUGGGUGCCCCCAUUCAACACCAGGGUCAGUGCAGUGUGGGAGGGCCCCAUUUACCUCCUCCUAAUAAAAUUUGUACUUUGGCCCCAC